AAAAUAGGUGCAGUAGACAUCUAUCUGGCUGGAGCGAGAGCUCGGUGGGAAUUAGAGGAUGUUGGGGAGAGGGACCCAGGUUUUAGUAAAGGUUAGUGAUGGGGACGACUUGAGGGUGAGUUGGCGACAUGAGAUACAGAUUUAGUUUUCCCUGAGGCGAUGAGGUUAGAGGGAAAGGGAGGAGACCAGAUCCGGGGCGAGUGAUCUUUGGGGAUAUAUUUGGCCUUGCCUGGUCUUCUCCAGGUUCUAAAUGGCUUCUAAGAAGUUGGGUGCAGAUUUUCAUGGGACUUUCAGUUACCUUGAUGAUGUCCCAUUUAAGAUAGGAGACAAAUUCAAAACACCAGCUAAAGUUGGUCUACCUAUUGGCUUCUCCUUGCCUGAUUGUUUGCAGGUUGUCAGAGAAGUACAGUAUGACUUCUCUUUGGAAAAGAAAACCAUUGAGUGGGCUGAAGAUAUUAAGAAAAUCCAAGAAGCCCAGUGGGAAGCAGAGCGCAAGGCUGAGGAAGCAGAAGCUAAGGUGAAUUCUAAGAGUGGCCCAGAGGGUGAUAGCAAAAUGAGCUUCUCCAAGACUCACAGUACAGCCACAAUGCCACCUCCUAUCAACCCCAUCCUUGCCAGCUUACAGCACAACAGCAUCCUCACCCCGACUCGGGUCAGCAGCAGUGCCACAAAACAGAAAGUUCUCAGCCCACCCCACACAAAGGCAGAUUUCAAUCCUGCUGACUUUGAGUGUGAAGAAGACCCGUUUGAUAAUCUGGAGUUAAAAACUAUUGACGAGAAGGAAGAGCUGAGAAACAUUCUGGUAGGAACCAGUGGACCCAUUAUGGCCCAGUUAUUGGACAGUAACUUGCCUAGAGGUGGCUCUGGGUCUGUGUUACAGGAUGAGGAGGUCCUGGCAUCCCUGGAGCGGGCAACCCUAGAUUUCAAGCCUCUUCACAAACCCAAUGGCUUUAUAACCUUACCACAGUUGGGCAACUGUGAAAAGAUGUCGCUGUCUUCCAAAGUGUCCCUCCCCCCCAUCCCUGCAGUAAGCAAUAUCAAGUCCCUGUCCUUCCCCAAACUUGACUCUGAUGACAGCAGUCAAAAGACAGCCAAGAUGGCAAGCACUUUCCAUAGCACAUCCUGCCUCCGCAGUGGCACGUUCCGGAAUUCCCUAAAGCCUUCCACCCAAAGCAGUGCCAGUGAGCUCAAUGGGCAUCAUGCUCUUGGGCUUUCAGCUUUGAACUUGGACAGUGGCACAGAGGUGCCAACCCUGACCCAUUCCCAGAUGCCUUCCCUCUCUGUCUUGUCUGUGUGCACAGAAGAAUCAUCACCUCCAAAUACCUGUCCCACGGUCACACCUCCUAAUUUCUCAAUGUCACAAGUGCCCAACACUCCCAGCUGUCCCCAGGCUUACUCUGAACUGCAGACGCUGUCCCCCAGUGAGCGGCAAUGUGUGGAGACGGUGGUCAACAUGGGCUACCCAUAUGAGUGUGUCUUGAAAGCCAUGAAGAAGAAAGGAGAGAAUAUUGAGCAGGCUGUGGAAUUGACGUCAGCUGGGAGAUGUGAGUCAGCCGUGACGGGAGCUCCUUUGAAAAACGGCUAUGCAUGUUUAGAAGGGUGUACCUAUCAGCAAAUAGUCACUGAGGUACUGCUGUGUUGGACACAAUUCAAGAUUCUCGACUAUCUCUUCGCACAUGGGCAGCUCUGUGAGAAGGGCUUUGACCCUCUUUUAGUGGAAGAGGCUCUGGAAAUGCAGCAGUGUUCAGAGGAAAAGAUGAUGGAGUUUCUUCAGUUAAUGAGCAAAUUUAAGGAAAUGGGCUUUGAACUGAAAGAUAUUAAGGAAGUUCUGCUAUUACACAACAAUGACCAGGACAAUGCUUUGGAAGACCUCAUGGCUCGGGCCGGAGCCAGCUGAGACCAGGCCCUGCCUAGGCCCUGCCACGGAGCCCCCCCUGCUGACGGCCCUGAGGAGACUACCUGUGGGGAAGAAUGGGCACACUUCCGGAUUUUCUUUUGGGGGUGGAAGGUCAGGUGUAGAGACUGUGCUUGCCAAGUCUCUAUGAGCCUAGGUCCUGAGCUGGGGAGAAAGUGGGGAAGAUUUGGGCAUGCAAAUGCCCCCAGAACUGUCCUGGCUCCUUCCAUAGUAAAAGUAUUUGUAUUCUGAGAAGUGUCCUUCCCACCUUGGCCAUCCAGAGAGACUUCUCUGGUCUUUCUGGGGUCUGUAUGGCCUCAGCCGAAACCUGGCCCAGGUGCCCAAAGGAGUUGGGGAGAAGGAGGUGGGAGGGCCAGACUCAGUGCUGCUUUGGGGCUAGAUGUUUCCCUUCUCUGCAAGGGUGGACUGACCUCUAAUCCAAGUUGAGUGCAAUUGAAAGGUUCUUCCAGGGUUUUGUUUUUUUCCCCUUUUAACGAUGUCACUUAGUGUUACACUGGUUCUGCAAUGUCUCUGAGGUGCAAAGAAUGCCCUUUUCCCCUUGGGGCCCUGAGUUUGCCUUUUCUGCCAGGCAGUUAGUUACCAUACUUCCCUGCCCCAGCCUGUUUCUUUUGGCCUGGUUUGGACCACAGUCUUCUGCUACCCGAGAUUUUAGAGCCCCCUGCUCUAGAAAACAGUUGUCAGUUUAAGAAAUCAUUGGCCCCUUCCCAGCACAUCAAGUGGGGAAGAAGGAGGCUGUGAUUUAGUCAGUCACCCAGCACUAACUCCACCUCAGUUCUCCCUGGAGAACAGCCUCUCCCUCCAGCCCCUUGCUCUAGGAUGACACAAUGAAUAACACCUAGUCAUAGAAAUCAGUCUCUUUGGUUUGUUUUGUAUUAUGUUGUACAUCAUUAAAGAUCUAAAUACAAAGGA